UAGGACCCUUCCUGCUCCCAACAUCAGUGCCCUUGGCCAUGGACCGCACAGUAGUGCUGAUUACCGGCUGCUCCUCUGGAAUCGGCCUGCACUUGGCUGUUCGUUUAGCGUCUGAUCAGUCCCAGAGCUUCAAAGUAUAUGCCACACUGAGGGACCUGAAGACUCAGGGACCACUGUUGGAGGCAGCCCGGGCUCGAGGAUGCCCUCCUGGCUCCCUGGAGACGCUGGAAUUGGAUGUCAGGGAUGCAAAAUCUGUGGCCGCUGCCCAGGCUCGUGUGACCGAGGGUCGUGUGGACGUGCUGGUGUGUAAUGCCGGCCGGGGCCUGUUCGGACCGCUGGAGGCGCAUGAGCUGGAUGCGGUGGGUGCUGUGCUGGACGUGAAUGUGGUUGGGACAGUUCGGAUGCUGCAGGCCUUUCUGCCAGACAUGAAGAGGCGCCACUCCGGGCGUGUGUUAGUGACUGCGAGUGUAGGAGGCUUGAUGGGGCUGCCGUUCCACGAAGUUUACUGCGCCAGCAAGUUUGCGCUCGAGGGUUUGUGCGAGAGUCUAGCGAUCCUGCUGCCGCUCUUUGGAGUCCACGUGAGCCUCAUCGAGUGCGGGCCAGUGCACACAGCCUUCUUUGAGAAGCUAGAGGGUGGUCCGGGCGGGGCUCUGGAGCGUGCAGAUGCCCAGACCCGCCACCUCUUCACGCAUUACCAGCGUAGCUAUGAGCAAGCUCUGAGCGAGGCACAGGACCCAGAGGAGGUGACGGAGCUCUUUCUGACCGCGCUGCGAGCCCCGCGGCCAGCCCUGCGUUACUUCUCCACCCACCGCUUCCUGCCGCUGACCCGGUUGCGCACAGAGGAUCCCAGCGGCAGCAGCUACGUUGCUGCCAUGCACCGCGAGGCCUUCGCUGACCUGCAGGAGCAGGAAGGCUCCGAGGCAGAGGCCAGAGUCCCGGGGAACCUGGACGCGGCCUCCAGCGCCCUCAUUUGCGCGACCCCUCAGGUGGCAUCUGAAUUGUGCUGUCCUGCAUUGGAUAAGCCGGGUCAGAACAAACCAUGCUACCAGCAAAAGAACUAAACCAGAGUCUCCUUUUCUUAUUUUAGAAUUUGUUUUCUCUUUGACGGGGUCUCACUAUGUAGCCCUGACUGGCCUCUAACUCAUAGAGAUCUGCUUGCCUCUGCCUCCUGAGGGUUGGAAUCAAAGGCCUGUGCAACCAUGCCUUUCUCAGAAUCAUUUUAAAUAGUGCAAACUUCCUCAUGGGUCAAGACUGAGGGCUAAUAUGUAUAGUCCGAGGUCCUAGGUUAAGGGUUUGUUUUCUUCCAAUAAAUUUAUUAUUAUUGUG